AUGUUUCACAAUUCACAUAAGAGUUAGUGAGAGAUAUAGAAGUAUCUGAUAGAGGCAGAGGGAGCAAAUCCAAAGUACUUGUUAUUUUUAUUUCUGUAUUUUACAUUUAAAUACCAAUGCUACCUCGUUACUCGGGUUAUAUAUAUAUAUAUAUUUUGGUGCUAUAUAUAGCCUGAAAUUAGGCAGUACAGUUACCUAGUUCUAUCAAAAGCAAUAAGCAAACAUCAUGAAUUUGAAUCAUUGUGUUCCUACUUGGAAUAAUAUUGAAGAUGCUGUUGAUCCAAUCCAAUCUCAACCACCACCUCUGCCGCCGUUGCCACUUCAACAGCCGCUUUCAAGAACCCUCCCUUCACAAACUCUCUCCACCUCCCUCUCCGCCGGUCCUGAUACGUCUACAUAUGUAUUUUACUGUCAUUGUUAUCUUAUUCUGGUAAAAAAAUUAGAUUACGAAAUGGCAGAGCUAACGUGGGAAAACGGGCAUCUCAUGAUGCAUGGCUUAGGCCUACCGCGUGUGUCAAGCAAAUCUAGCUUAGCCGAAGCCGUGGCGUGGGUUGAUAACUGUGACAAACCUUCCACACGCGCCAACGGCAUGCUUGAGUCUAUAGUAAACCAAGGUUAUCAUAUCCCCAAACCGACACUUCCACCUGGACGCAAAGCAGGCGCGAGUGAACACGAUGAUGACUAUAGUGUUCCAUGGUGUGGCCCUACACCUCCACCUCAUGUUCCUGUCACCCUCGACGCGCUAGUCCCGAAUACUAAUGUUAUGGGGUGUUCAACUCGGGUGGGAUCGUGUAGCACGGCGGCGCGUGUUCCUUUAGGUUCUGAUUGGAGCGUGAGUAAAGGCGCUCCAGAGAGUACAAGAAGGAAGCGACAUGCAGAGGACACGUGUCAACAGUUGAGAAAUAUGAACAAUAACAACGUCCAUACAUCCACGUCAUUGGGGCCGGCGUCGCCAGAAAAUACCAAAACUUGCACCGUUGACGACCAUGACUCUGUUUGCCAUAGUAGGUCUCAGAGAGAAAGAGGCGAGGAGGAGGAGAAUCAGAAGCAAGGUGCAGCAAAAAGGAGUAGGGUUGCUGCUGUUCAUAACCAAUCUGAAAGAAAAAGAAGAGACAAGAUCAAUCAAAGAAUGAAAACUUUGCAAAAGCUGGUUCCCAACUCAAAUAAGACGGACAAGGCUUCAAUGCUGGAUGAAGUAAUAGAGUACCUAAAACAACUACAAGCACAAAUUCAAAUGCUUAACCGGAUGAGCUAUCCAUCGAUGAUGAUGCCACUGGCCAUACAACAACAACUACAAAUGUCGAUGAUGGGAAUGGGAAUGAUGGGAAUGGGAAUGGAUCAAAUGAACAUGAAUAUGAACAUGAACAUGAUGAAUCCAAUGGCGACACGGGCUAACGUCGCCGGAGUCCCACCACCCUCUUUCAUGAAUUUGGGUGGUGCUUAUAACAAUAUGCCAAUAGCGACCACUUGUGAUGGUAACAUUGCAGGUGGUGGAGAAUGCAUAUUGCCUCAAGGAAGCAUGGUCCCGUCAGAUCCCUUAUCAGCGUAUCUUGCUUGUCAAUCACAUCCAUCGAUGACGAUGGAUGCAUAUAGCAAGAUGGCUGCCAUGUACCAACAACUACAGCAACAAACACAACAACUACAACAACAUCAUAAACAACAACAAUGACAAAACUAUUACCGGUAGCCUAGCUAGCUAGUUUCAAUAUGAUGAUAUACCACGUAGGUAUAGGCUCAUUUCAAUUCUAAGUGUUGGCUAAGGUUACUCUAGCUAGCUAGAUUUUUAUACAUAUGAAGCAAAUGAAUUGUAUAUUUGUAUGUAUUAAUUUGAAAGUUAAUUACGGAGUAAUAUAUA